AUGGCCUCUUCGGCCCCAGUGGACUCCUUCCUCGCUCACCCUCACAGGCCUCCCUCCGCCUUUCUGAUUCCCCCCAUCGCCCUUCUCUCUUCUCAGGCAAGUUCUCCUGACAACGCCUCCCUCACUCCCACGCAUCAGGUCCCCUUCGACCUGCUGGUCUCCCUCGCUCAUACUCCUCCUCCCUCCGUCUCUCUGGCGAUCGCCGCACGUCCAUCGCCACACGUCUCCUCCCACGUUCUCGCGGCCCAUGCGGGCUAUCCAAUCCCAUUGGCGCAUGGUUUUUCCCGCCGUCCUCCCGCCUUCCAUCCGGCGAGCGAUCUCCAGCAGCGCUUCCGCCGCGCCUCGCACCUCUGUCGCGCAUCUCCUCUGGCGCGCGAUCUGCCGCAGCGCUUCCACCGCGCCUCGCACCUCUGUCGCGCAUCUCCUCUGGCGCGCGAUCUGCCGCAGCGCUUCCGUCGCGCCUCGCACCUCCGUCGCGCAUCUCCUCUGGCGCGCGAUCUGCCGCAGCGCUUCCGCCGCGCCUCGCACCUCCGUCUUGCAUCUCCUCUGGCGCGCGAUCUGCCGCAGAGCUUCCGCCGCGCCUCGCACCUCCGUCGCGCAUCUCCUCUGGCGCGCGACCUGCCGCAGCGCUUCCGCCGCGCCUCGCACCUCCGUCGCGCAUCUCCUCUGGCGCGCGACCUGCCGCAGCGCUUCCGCCGCGCCUCGCACCUCCGUCGCGCAUCUCCUCUGGCGCGCGACCUGCCGCAGCGCUUCCGCCGCGCCUCGCACCUCCGUCGCGCAUCUCCUCUGGCACGCGAUCUGCCGCAGCGCUUCCGCCGCGUCUCGCACCUCCGUCGCGCAUCUUCUCUGGCAUGCGAUCUGCAUCCGCUAGGUUCCCCUGGCGCCUCUCGCCACUCCUUCACACCUCGUCUGCCAUGCGAGUCGCUUCACCUCCGCGCUCUUCGCAUCCCAGGGAUCGCUGCUUAA